AUGGCCGCCCAGCUGACAGCCGCGCUGCCGUCCUACUCCCCGGCCACGACCAAGGCCGGCGGCGGCUCGUCCCCGUCCAGCCACUUCCUGGCCUACCCCAGCCGGCCGCGCAAUGUCCGCAAUGGCGUGCGCGCGCAGGUGUCCACGACCGAGCCGACCGCGGAGCCGGCCCCCGCGGCGCCGGCCAAGCCGGCGAAGAUCUCCAAGAAGCAGGACGAGGGGGUGGUGACCAACAAGUACCGCCCCAAGGAGCCCUACGUGGGGCGGUGCCUGCUCAACACCCGGCUCACCGGCGACAACGCGCCGGGGGAGACCUGGCACAUGGUGUUCAGCACCGAGGGGGAGGUGCCGUACCGGGAGGGGCAGUCCAUCGGCGUGAUCGCCGACGGCGAGGACAAGAACGGGAAGCCGCACAAGCUCCGGCUCUACUCCAUCGCCAGCAGCGCGCUGGGGGACUUCGGGGACUCCAAGACCGUGUCGCUCUGCGUCAAGCGCCUCGUCUACACCAACGACGCCGGGGAGGUCGUCAAGGGCGUCUGCUCCAACUUCCUCUGUGACCUGAAGCCGGGUUCAGAAGUGAAGAUCACUGGGCCGGUGGGCAAGGAGAUGCUCAUGCCCAAGGACCCCAACGCAACCAUCAUCAUGCUCGCGACGGGUACGGGUAUCGCGCCGUUCCGCUCCUUCCUCUGGAAGAUGUUCUUCGAGGAGCACGAGGACUACAAGUUCAAUGGCCUGGCAUGGCUCUUCCUGGGAGUCCCCACAAGUGACACUCUGCUCUACAAGGAGGAGUUUGAGAAGAUGGUGGAGAUCGGCGGGGAGAACUUCCGGCUGGACUUCGCGGUGAGCCGGGAGCAGACGAACGCGGCGGGGGAGAAGAUGUACAUCCAGACGCGGAUGGCCGAGUACAAGGAGGAGCUCUGGGAGCUGCUCAAGAAGGACAACACCUACGUCUACAUGUGCGGGCUCAAGGGCAUGGAGAAGGGCAUCGACGACAUCAUGGUCGACCUCGCCGCCAAGGACGGAUCGACUGGAUCGACUACAAGAAGCAGCUCAAGAAGGCCGAGCAGUGGAACGUCGAAGUCUACUGAUCAUCAUCAUCGUGGCAUUACCAUGGAAGGACUUGCAUGCAUAUGCUAA